GGCGGCGGGGGGCCGCGCUGCCCGCCGGCGCUGGAGAAGGACGCGGCGGAGCUGACGGUGAUGGACGUGUACGACCUGGCCUCGCUGGUGGGCCACGAGUUCGAGCGCCUCAUCGAGCAGCACGGCUGCGAGGCGGUGGGCCGCCUGAUGCCGCAGGUGGUGCGCGUGCUGGAGCUGCUGGAGGCGCUGGUCGGCCGCGGCGCCCUCCGCCCCGAGCUCGACGAGCUGCGCCUCGAGCUCGACCGCCUGCGCCUCGAGCGCGCCGACCGCCUCGACAAGGAGAGGAAGCACCAGCAGGAGCUGGAGCUGGUGGAAGACGUGUGGCGAGGGGAAGCCCAGGACCUCCUCACCCAGAUUGCUCAGCUGCAGGAGGAGAACAAGCAGCUGCUGACCAACCUCUCUCACAAAGAUGUCAAUUUCUCAGAAGAAGAGUUCCAAAGACACGAAGGAAUGUCGGAAAGGGAGAGACAAGUGAUGAAAAAGCUGAAGGAAGUGGUCGAUAAACAGAGGGAUGAAAUCCGAGCCAAGGACCGAGAGCUGGGGCUCAGGAAUGAGGAUGUGGAAGCACUUCAGCAGCAGCAGAACAGACUCAUGAAGAUCAACCACGACCUUCGCCACCGCAUCACCGUGGUAGAGGCGCAAGGGAAAGCGCUCAUCGAGCAGAAAGUGGAGCUGGAGGCGUACCUGCAAACCAAGGAGCAGGAGAUGGCGGCGCUCCGGGCCGAGCUGGGGAAGCUCCGGGAGAAACUGCAGGGGGAGCCCAGCCAGAAUGGAGAAGACGUUCCGGCAGAAGAACCAAACAACGAGGAAUACAUCUCAGAAUCGGAAAAGAUAGCCAUGGAUUUGAAAGACCCAAAUCGGCCCAGGUUUACUUUGCAGGAGCUGCGAGACGUUUUGCACGAGAGAAACGAACUGAAGUCUAAAGUUUUCCUGCUACAAGAAGAACUUUUGUAUUAUAAGAGUGAGGAGGCCGAUGAAGAAACGAGAUCCCCUCAACUUACACCCGUCAUCCACUCAAAACCAUCCCCUCAGCCAGAAUCUGGUAUCAAACGGCUGAUCUUUACUGCUGUAAUGCCCAUGGUAGCUGCCGGAUUGAUCCCCGAUGAUCCCACAUUACAGCCAAUAAGAAGACUUGUGUCCCUUGUUUAGUUUCUUUUCCCGCGAUAAGAAACGGAUGCAAGCCACGCAGAGAAACACCCCCUUCCAGGAUUCCUUUGGCGAAUGGGCCGACUCGAACAAAGACGACGUGUACACCGAACAGGG